GCUGCUGGCGCUGGGAGGUACUGGAGCCGCUGUCCAGCUCAGGAGUCACCACACCGCAUCCUCCGCCCGGCCCGGCUCCAUCAGGACCCCGCAGCCUCUGCUCCAAACCACCCCUUACCAGGGAGGCAUCAUGGGCUUUCUGAAGUUCUCCCCUCUUCUGGCUAUCAGCAUCUUGCUCCUGUACCAGGCAUGCAGCCUCCAUGCAGUGCCUUUCAGGUCAACCCUGGAAAGCAGCCCAGGCGCGGCCACUCUCAGUGAAGAGGAAGCUCACCUGCUGGCUGCACUGCUGCAGGACUACAUGCAGAUGAAAGCUAGGGAACUGGAGCAGGAGGAGGAACAGGAGGCUGAGGGGUCCAGCAUCACUACCCAGAAGAGAUCUUGCAACACUGCCACCUGUGUGACCCAUCGGCUGGCAGGCUUGCUGAGCAGAUCAGGAGGUGUGGUAAAGGAGAACUUCGUGCCCACCAAUGUGGGCUCUGAAGCCUUUGGCCGUCGCCGCAGAGAACUUCAGGCCUGAGCAGAUAAUAGCCCCAGAGUGAAGGUUACAGUAAAGAUAAGCUCUAAUUGUUUUCACAUGUAAUUAAAGUCAUGUGCAAGAAAGGCUGAUGGAAGACACAUAUUUGCAUCCUUCUUGGUAUUGAAAACCCUUCUCCCUUUGACAGGAACUAAAACUAAGUGAAAGCAAGCUCAUUAUAAUUGUGCAUCGUGCUGUAUGUGAUUCUGUAGCCAAUAAACAUGACAGCAUGGUUCCAGCUGAUCUGGUAGCAAACCUGGUCCCUGCAAACCAUCCUGUGGAUGCUGUCAACUCUGAUAAACCUCAAGGGGAUAUGAAGCCACUGCCUCUUGGUCUUCUGGGGACACAUGGUAUAUAUUAUGGCUUAAUGGAACCAUAUGUUUAAAGAAAUGUCAGUGUUGUCACUUGUGAACUUAAUCAAAUUAAAAAAAAAUGUAUUUUCAAUAUC